AGAAAGCGCGUGGGUGAACUUUAAAAGUUGCGCAUUGUUUAAGCAUCAAAAUGAUAGUGCCAUUUCCCAUGAGAUCAUAUUCGUGACAUCAGCAAAUUUGUGAAUUCGGUGGAAGGCAUUAAUAAUUAUCAACAAACAUCCAUGGAGAAUAGACUUCUUAGACUACUACAGAGAGGAGAGAAUAAACUUAUCGAGAACGGCGAGGCUACACUGAUGGACCGGCAAAAGAAGAGGAAGAGAACAGAGAACGGCGGUGCUAACGGCGUCGAUCGAAGCAGGCAUGAGAGAGAAAGUGCUGUGAAGGAGAAUUCCGCGGUGUCAACGCCGCCGCCUUCGGAGGCGGAGGUUGACGAGUUCUUCGCGAUCUUGCGGAGGAUGAACGUGGCGGUGAAAUAUCUCCAGAAAAAUGCUCAGAUCAAUAACACAGCUUGUAGCCAUAAGAGAGUUGUUCCUAGAGUUGAUUUGGAUCUCAAUACUCUGCCGGAAAGCGGAGAUUAACGCCGACUAAGCUCCUAAGUGACCGAAUUUUAGACGGUGAUGGUCCGUCUGUACAGUUAAGUACUUGCUUUUAUCAAUGACAACGAAUUUGCAAUCGCUUUGUCGGAGAAUCGUACCUGCUACUAUUUGUAAGGUUUUGAACUUUGUAACAAAAAUCUCCAAUAUGUUCAAGUUUUGCAUCAAUAAAUUUUCCUUAUAUAAUAAAAAUAUAUUAUUACUGUCAAACGAAUAGAUUAUGAUAUUAUGCGUUAAAUUUUUUUUAA